GUGCCGACACUCACACACACUCCAGCUGCCAUGAGCAGCGCCGCACUUCUCUCAGAGCAGCACUUUAAACACACACACACACAGACGCGCGCGCGUGCGCACACAAACACAAGGAGCGGAUUUCUCUCGUGCGCGUCUGAGUCUCGGGAUGUGUAAAAUCACGCCGAUCAAAGCCGCGCGCGUCGUGCGUAAAGAGCGCGAGCGCUGUCCGCGGUGCUGAAGUCCGGCACGAGCGCAAAGGGCUUUUCCCGGAGUGUGUGUGUGUGUGUGUGUGUGUACUGAAGCCUCGCCAUGACUCGGAAAAGGUUGCGGUGUGUAGCUGUGCGGGGAUUCCUGGCGUGGGAAGUGGCGCUUUUAGUGAGUCUGGUGGCCACAAAGGACCCUGAAAGUCCUCGGGGAAGAACCGUACCCAUGUCUCCCUCAGACUUUCUGGACAAGCUCAUGGGAAGGACCUCGGGCUACGACGCCAGAAUUAGACCCAACUUCAAAGGUCCACCUGUGAACGUGUCCUGUAACAUAUUCAUCAACAGCUUCGGCUCCAUCGCUGAGACCACCAUGGAUUACAGAGUGAACAUCUUCCUGCGGCAGCAGUGGAACGAUCCACGCCUGGCCUACAGCGAGUACCCGGAUGACUCUCUUGACCUCGACCCCUCCAUGUUAGACUCCAUUUGGAAGCCAGAUCUGUUCUUUGCCAAUGAAAAAGGUGCACACUUCCACGAAGUCACCACCGACAACAAGCUGCUGAGGAUAUUCAAGAACGGCAAUGUGCUUUAUUCUAUAAGACUGACCCUGACGCUUUCGUGUCCGAUGGACCUGAAGAAUUUCCCCAUGGAUGUACAGACAUGCAUCAUGCAGUUGGAGAGCUUCGGCUACACCAUGAACGAUCUCAUCUUUGAGUGGCAGGAGAAAGGACCUGUGCAGGUAGCUGAAGGACUCACGCUUCCUCAGUUCAUCCUGAAGGGCGAGACCGAUCUCAGAUACUGCACCAAGCAUUACAACACAGGAAAGUUCACAUGCAUCGAGGUGCGUUUUCAUCUGGAGAGACAGAUGGGUUAUUACCUGAUCCAGAUGUACAUCCCCAGUCUGCUCAUCGUCAUCCUCUCCUGGGUGUCCUUCUGGAUCAACAUGGACGCUGCUCCUGCUCGUGUGGCUCUGGGCAUCACCACAGUGCUCACCAUGACCACACAGAGCUCCGGCUCCAGAACAUCUCUGCCAAAGGUCUCCUACGUGAAGGCUAUAGAUAUCUGGAUGGCCGUGUGUUUGCUCUUCGUGUUCUCGGCUCUUCUGGAGUACGCAGCGGUGAACUUCGUCUCAAGACAACACAAGGAGCUGCUGCGGUUCCGUCGGAGGAGAAAGAAGUCAAGAAAGGAGGACGAGGUGCGUGAAAGUCGUCACAGCUUUGCCCCUAACGCAGGGAAAGACGUCCCGAUGGCCAAAUCCACCAAUAACGCGGCCUCUAACUCGCUCCAGGCCCAGACAAGUGCUAACAUGGCUAACAAGAGUCCAGAGGAAAUGAGGAAGAUCUUCAUCGACCGCGCCAAGAAGAUCGACACCAUAUCACGCGCCGGGUUUCCUCUGGCCUUCCUCUUCUUCAACAUCUUCUACUGGGUUCUGUACAAAAUCCUACGGCACGACGUCCACAAGCCCUAAACACGGAGCCUGGCCGGGUGGGCGGAGCUUCAACCUGAUGGACAGCUACAUAUGUGAUUAUAUAUUAUAUAUACAUACAUGAUAUGUACUCUACUGUCGUCAUGGAGGCCAAGAAGCGUUACAACGACAACAUGGACCACACGGUCACAACAGGCACACACUAUGCAACUGAGAGACAUCAUGGAGCAACACACACACACACACACUCAGUCCCCUCCCUCGAGUCUCCCUGGAUCUCACGUUUUGCUCUUGCCGUCUCUCUCGUGUCCUACAGCCUUUUACUGCCAGUUUUGUGUUUUAAUACAAUAUAAUAAAAAAUAAAAGCUUAAAGAAGUUAUAUAAAAGACAUAAAAUAAAAUAGAUCAAUAGAAUCUUUUUCUAUGAUUAUGAAACCAUUUUAUACUCCAAAGACCAGAAUCAUCCCCAAACGCUUAAAGGAUUAUUAUUAUUAUUAUUAUUAUUAUUAUUAUUAUUAUUAUUAUUAUUGUUGUUGUUGUUGUUGUUGUUGUUGUUGCUGUUGUUAUUAUUAUUAUUAUUAUUAUUAUUAUUAUUAUUAUUAUUAUUAUUAUUAUUACUCAUUUAUCCAAGUCUGAGUGAUGAGUAGGAGAAUGUGGAGCUUAUAUUUUGAAAUAAAGUGCAUGCUUUUAGUUUCAGGUAGCAAAUGUAGGUGAUGGUUUUAAAUAAAUAAAUAAAUAAAUAAAUAAAGGUAAAAAAAAAAAACUGUACACCAGGCUUAUGCACUAGGAAAGAAAUAAUCAUUUUAUUAUUAUCUUUAUCUAAUACUUUUAUUUUUGUUGUAAUUUUCUAAAUGUUUUGUUACAGCAGGAAACAAGCAUGUGGGUGCAUAAGGCUUGCACAGUACUUUAUAGAAGUGUGUGUGUGUGUGUGUUAAAUUCAUCUACCUUUUGGUUGCAUGCAUUUAACAUAAUGUGAAAUUGUAUAUAAUAAUAAUAAUAAUAAUAAUAAUAAUAACAAUAAUAAUAAUAACAAUAAUAAUAAUAAUAAUAAUAAUAAUAAUAAUAAUAAUUUAUAUUAAAGAAAAAAAACAAACUGCAACGAUUGCAUGUUUAUCAGCUAACAACCAUUUUUUGCUUUGUUUGUUUUGUUUUGUUUUCUUGUGUUGCUUUUCUUAGUUUUGUUUUUGUUUAUUUGUUUAAUUUUUAUUUGCUUUGUUGUGUUUUUUUUUGUUCUGUGUUUGCUUCAGGUUGGGCCUGUUUUGUUUUGUUCUGGUUUGGGGUUAUGUUUUUGUUCGUUUUGUUUUGUUUUUGUUUUUUUGUUUAUUUGUUUAUUUAUUUUGGGGUUUUUUAAAUAUCACCUUGAUCCAGUGAAGUAGACAUGGUCUCCCAUUAAUCUUUUUUUUCCUAUCAAUCCCCAUUUUGCAUGACAGCAUCUCACGCUAAAUUGAUUCAAUUAAAUCGUAUCUCUCAUGCAGGAUAUUCUGUUAACAGACAGUACAGAGAUGUGUGUGUGUGUGUGUGUGUGUGUGUGUGAUGUUUUAAAAGUAAAUAUACACAUCUCUAAUACCCUGUAUAAAUCACUCCAGCUCCAGAUCUAAUCUAAGAUCAUGUUCUACUGUUCUAGAUUAGACUACCGACGAAUUUUCUAUCACAAUCAAUCUUUGCCAUUUUUUUUUUCAAUUAUUCAGCAUUUGCAUUUAUUUAUUUAUUUAUGCAAAUGAGGCUUUAUCUGCUAAUUAAGUACGCGGAAGUCUACCUACCUGAUCAAGUAAAAUAUCUAGUCCUAUUGAUGAUGUUGGAAUGAAAAUUGUUUCAAGAGAAAGACUUUAUUAUUUAAAUUUUUUGGGGUCGUUUCUCAUUCUAAAAACAUGUGGAGGAAUUUGCUAAUUAGGAAAUUCAUGGUUUCAUGAAUUUGAGGUCAACCAUAAAUAAACCAUAUGAAGUGAUAUUUUCUUUAAAUUCAAUCCAGUUUAAUGUUUCCACUUCAUUCAGACUUCUACAGUUUGUUUCAUUGAUAUUUGUUGAUAUGAUACGACACAAUUCUGUUCAGUUUCCUCUAAUCCAUAUGAGAACAGCUCUGUUCAGAAUCUGCUGUUCAUUUAUGAAGGAUGAUGAAGUAGAGAAGGAAAAUUUCUCAAAAAAGUCUCAAAAGAGUGUAAUGGGAACAUCACUACACCACUCUUCUGUCCUUUUAUCAAUAAUACUCCAUUUAUACUCAGUUAUACUUUUGCCAAACUUCAUUUUUUGUCAUUUUUUCAAUCAGUUUUUGUUUUGUUUUGUUUAUUUGUUUUGCUCUGUUCUGUUCUGUUUUGUUUGUUUAUUUGGAUUUUUUUUAUAUCUGUUUGGAUUUGUUAUCGUUUUGUUUGCUUUGUUUUGCUCUGUUCUGUUCUGUUGUGUUUGUUUAUUUGUUUUGCAUUUUUCUGUUUGGUUUUGUUGUUGUUUUUUAUUUUAUGUUUUUUUUUGUUUAUUCAGUUUGUUCUUGUUUUUUGUUUGUUUUGUUUGGUUAUGUUCUUGUUUGUAACACAAAUGUCUUAAGGACACAUCACAACGCCGCCCGUCUAUCCCUUUUCAACAACAGUCCAGUUAUAAUCUCUUUUAAUUUUUGCCAGGAUUCAUUUCAUUUGAAAUUUAUUUUUGUUCCUUAUUGUUUUUUGUUUUGUUUUGUUUGUUUUUGUUCUGAUUUAUGUGUCAAGUGCUAUGAGAAUAUCACAGCACUACUCGUCAAUAAUUUCAAUAAUAAUCCAUUUAUAAUCGGUUAUAAUUGUUGUCCAGUCAAAAUCCAAAUCUCUGCAUGGUUUAUUAAGGAAAUUGAUGUGUAUAUCAUAACAACAUAUAUAUAUAUAUAUACAUUUACAAUGUCCUGACUAAAGGGCUCAUUUUAAAGACCCUAAUUAUUUUCUCAGUAAUACUCCAUCGCAGUAAUCAGGACCAGUCUUCCAUAUUACGUCAGUUUUCCCUUUAACAAAAGCAGCACUGUUCACUUAAACACUGCCGGUCUCCAAAGGUAAAGCUAACACUAACACUAAUCAGCAUGCCUGAUAGCCAGCACUGCUGUCAUUAAGAGCAGAAACAGAUUUCUGGAGGAUCUGAUAUUCGUUUGGUUUAUCCAGUAUGAUGUUUAGGGGAUGAGUCUCGUGCGUUUCUCCUGCAGCACGGGCAACAUUCAGUACAAUUUCACUUUUAUUUCUAGAACAAUUUUAACGAGAGACAGAAAAAUACGGCUGUAAAUUUCAGGAAAACCCUUUUUUUUUUAGAUUAGAUUGUUGUAUAGUAUACAUUAGAAGUCGAACAUCGGAUGCAUGAAGCUUAUGGUUGAAGUAUGAAUGUGGAUAUUUCUUUAAAGAUAUGUAAUGAAUGUGAACUGCAUGUAGAAAAGGUAAAGAAAUACCUUAAAAUAAAUUAAUAAAAUAAAUAAAUAAAUAAAUUUCACCCAAAAAUUCAAUCAAAAAAAUCCACCCUGAAACAUAUGAAUUACUCGAGCACUGAAAUGCCUGUGGUGUGUUCAGUGGCUCUGGUGUUAAUGUUAAUGUUGUUCUUUCUGUAAGACGUGAGCACUCUGAUGUCGCGGGAGGAAGCUGUUAAAGCUAGCAUGUUUACAAGUUUAUUUAUCAGUAUACUGUUUUUGUUUGUUUUGUUUGGAUUGAUUUGGUUUCUGUUUGAUUUCCGUUCUGCUCUGUUUUGGUUUUUGUUUGGUUAUUGUUUUAUUAUUGCUUGUUUUGUUUUGUUUUAUUUGUUUUCAUUUCAUUUUGUUUUCAUCUAGUUAGACAUCCAUGAGCCACCUGUUUUGUUUUUGUUUUGAUACUGUUGUUGUUUAUUUGUUUUCUGCUUCAUUUUGUUCUGUUGUUUGGUUUAGUUGUUUGUUUUGUUUCUGUUCUGUUAUUGUUUUGUUUAUUUGUUUUUUUUUCCGUAUUGUUUUGUUAUUGUUCUUUAUUGUUGUUUGUUUUGUUUAUUUAUUUAAUUUCAUUUUGUGAUUUAUUUUACCAGAAUUCAGUGCAGCUAAACAAAGCUGAAUUACAUCUAGUUAGCCAUUUAUUUAGUUUUGAUAUUGUGGUUGUUUAUUUGUUUCAUGUUUGUUUUGUUCUGUUAUUAUUUUGUUUAUUUGUUUGUUUGAUUUCUUUUCAUUUUUGUUUCAUUUCAUUUUGUGAUUUUUUAAAAAAAAAAUCAGAAUUCAAUGCAGCUAAACAAAGCUGAGUUGCAUCCUAGUUAGACAUCCAUGAGCCAUCUAUUUUGUUUUUGUUUUGAAAUUGUUUUUGUUUAUUUGUUUUCUGUUUUAUUUUGUUCUGAUAUUGUUUUGUUUAUUUGUUUUCUGUUCUGUUCUCUGUUUUCUUUUUUGUUUGGUUUUUGUUUUAUUAUUGUUUGUUUUGUUUUGUUUAUUUGUUUUCUGUUUUGUUUCUCUUCUGCUCUGUUUUGGUUUUUGUUUGGUUAUUGUUUUAUUAUUAUCUGUUUGCUUAUUUGCAUUUUUUGUUUUGAUUUUUUUUUUAAAUCAGAAUUCAAUGCAGCUAAACAAAGCUGAGUGACGUCUAGUUAGACAUCCAUGAGCCAUCUAUUUAGUUUUUGUUUUGAUAUUAUUGUUGUUUAUUUUGUUUUAUUCUGUUCUUGUCUUGUUUAUUUGUUUGUUUUGUUUUUAUUUUGUGAUAUUUAAAUCAUAUUGCAAUGCAGCUAUAUAACGCCGAGUCGAGGCAGAACCUCAGUUCAGCUAGUCACGCGACGGUUCGAAUAAAGGGCUAAAGUGUUGCUGAUUUAGCAGGAAACUGUUAAUGAAGUGAAGACUGAACAUCACCUGUAGAGGAUAAAUAUGUGGAUAUGUGGUUCAGGGUGGAUUUUAUCCUUUAAUGAUGUGACCUGAAGGUUUCAGUUGAAUUCCAUAAUCUGCCUCGAAACACCUUUUUGUCUGCUGGGAUUUGAUAUUUUAUUCUGCCUUCCUUAUGAAUCAACUCUGGAUGUGAAAAUAUAUUGGAUGAUAUUGGAUUGUUGUAGGGUUUAUUAGUAACAAAAUGGUGGAGAAAACAAUGGGAAAUAAUUAUUAAAUCAAUAAAAAAUACUAAUAAUAAAGGUGAAAUAAAUUAAUAAAAAAGAAAACUAAAGAUAUUCUUACUACUUUAUGCUCUUAUGUAAAAAAAAAUAUUUAAAUCCUCAGAAAAUUCCCUUUACAUAUCCAUUAUUUAUUUAUUUUUAUUUGCACACAACACUUUAUAAUGCCUCAUAAAUAUAACAAAUAUUACAAACUUUGUAUUCGACGGUAAAUAAAAGAAGAAGUAAACCCUUUGACACGACUCUGCUACAGAGACGAGACACUCCUGUACAUUUUUAAUGCAAAUGUCUGAGAAUUUAUUUUAUACACCUGUUAUGCAUGAAGCGGUUAUGAUGUUGAUGUAUAUGUAUAUUUUUUUCUGAUGUGAACUGGACCUGUCCUACUUUCCCUGCUGCUGAGAGAGAGAGAGAGAGAGAGAGAGAGAGAGAGAGAGAGAAUAUUAUCCUCUGUAAAUAACUUUCGCAUAUCUAAUAAAGUUCUGCACAAAACAGGUGGAAAUAAAAAAAAACAAUCACAUGGGUGUGUGUUCUUAGCAG